CAGAAUGCGUUUGUGUCAGUGGCAGAGAUCUACGGGCAACCCCCUCUACUUGGAGCUCUAACUACACCACUCUUGUGGGGAGACUCAACCACUGGGUUAACGCUCUGCCGCGCGGCUCACACUACGCCAGUUUCAUUCCUGGUUCAGUGACGAGCAAAUCGUCAUGUUGAUAUCCGAGAGUUGUCCAGUUGUUAACGAUCGUUUGGUUUAUGAUUACAUCCAAGUUAUCCAUGACGAGUCGAGAAAGUGAUAACAUUAAUUGGUGUUUUAUUUACCAUACUGGUUAUUUACUCUUGAGUGUUUUACCUUAAAAAAGUGAUUUGCGUUUCAUCAAAAUUAAUUUGAUAUUCAAACAACAAUCAACUUGUCAAUUUUCACAAAGAUCCAGUAGUAAAAUCCAGGAAUAUAGACAUUAUUCUUGAUGAAUAUUUAUCUGUGAUACUUGAAUUCAGUUAUCAGUGUUAUCAUUGAAAGUUUAGAAAAGCUGGAAAACUAUUUACUAUUUAUGGAUAUAUCUAGAAUGAAGUGAUUGAGUUCAUUCAAUUGGAUUUAAUUAAACGCUGAAGAAUAAUCAGUGAACAUAAUAAAAAUGAUGAAGAAUCUUGGUAUUUUCAUCUUAUCUUCAAUUUGGAUUUUUGCCGCGUCAAUUUCUGCGGCACCAACUCAUGAACAUGCGUCUGUUCCCGCUGCGGAUCAGUGUGAUUGGACUGGAAGUGGUGGAGGUGGCAGAGGCGUUCGUCCAGUCUACCUUCGUUGCUCCAGGGGUACAGUGUCUUGGCGUUAUCCCAGGGGAGCUCUAAGAGUCGUCCUUUCUGGUGGCAGUGAUGGAAAAAAUUUCCGCGGCUGCGUCAAAGUCUCUGGACCAGCUCGUGUUUACCUCGAAGGCAAAGGAGCUCUACGAUUAGUUUAUGCUCCAGGUGAUGGUAAACAUGAAGCCUUACAUCGAUGCUUCCACUCUAGAGGACAAUUAGCUGCUCUGUAUGUGGAGGCUGAUGAACCGAUGCCUGGUCGUAAUACUGUAAAAUUACGAUAUGACCUCGAGCUAGAAAAUACGAGAGAUGAUGGAAGAAAUAAUAGGAGGGAUGAAGAAGCUGAAUGUAGACCGUGUACUAAGGAAGAACUUGCUGAAACUUAUUGCAAGAGUGAUCUUGUUGCCAGAGGAACUGUUAGUGCUGUGGAGAGAAGAUCUGAUCUUAAUACUGCUGAGAUCAUUCUGAGAGUCACAAAAACUCUACGGCGCGUUGAAGAAACAGAGGAUAAUGAAAUAGACUCUGGUGAUCUGCGGCUUCAAAGAGAAGUCCGAGUAAGGGUACCGACAGCUUGUGAUGCGCGACAUGGUCAAGGAGAAUUUGUGAUAAUGGCCAAGAAAAGACUUGGUGAUCUUACACUAGCCUGUGCCCCCAGACUUGAAGCCUGGGCUGAAGCUGUUCGAGAACUCCAAAGUGCACCUUGUCUUCUCAAAAGCUGAGAGAAAGAUUUAAGAUUAUAGAUGUUAUAUUCUUUGAUGAGGGCUGUAAAGAGAGUGUAAAUAAUUAUAUUGAUAUUUUUCUUGUUAUGUGUACAUAAUAGAAUAAUUUGAAAUUAAGAUGUCGAUCUCCAAACUGUGAUAUUGAUUUGUAAGAAAUUUAAAGAGAUAAAUUGAAAAAUCAUAUAAAAUAAAUGCUUAUAUACUAAUAAAGAGU